AUGACAGACGGAUACUCUUCUUCAACAACAAAUGCAACCUCAAUUUCUCGUAUACGACAGCCGACACGGUUGUUUCGAGAGUUCGAGAAACAAAAACCACAUCAAAUUCCAAAACUUCUCAAUAACCAAAACCAAAAACCACACCAGGUAUCAAAAAAUUUGCUAGCUUCUUCCAGUGCCUCAUCAUACGAGGACGACGAGGAGGAAGAAAACGUCGAUGCUUUCUUAAUACAGUCGCGGUUGGAAAACAACAUUAACCGAAGUAGCAUUAGACGGACAACAAUUUCCGGUAAUGCUGCCGGUCUUCCUCCCUCAUAUCUCCCAAGCAGAAGGUUUCAGUAUGGCAGAAACACUGACGACGAGGAAGCGACGCCAUCGAUAACCCAACAACGAAGAAGGCGGACUACAAUAUCAGCGACGGCGGCUACUACAACCACCACUGCUACCACAACAAUAGGAACCAAGAAAUGUGAAACGGACGACGAUAAUAAUUUUUUUGAUUCUAAUUAUCAAAAAAAUCCCACACAGAGACAUUCUUUACCAGCUCAUGUACCAACCACACAAAGCAACAACAUGGAAGACGCAACAUCGACCACUACCAAAUCCUUGCUCUAUCUGCUAAACAAGGAACGCGAGAAACGAUGCAACCUACAAAAAGCAUACGAUAGCACCGCGCAAGCGUAUCGCGACCUACAAAAAACUCACAAUGAGGAUAUUUCGGCGCUCGAAUCUGAUAUACAAACGUUGCAAGACGCGUUGCGUAAGGAAUCGAAAACUUCGUUUCAGUUAAAUCAACUGUUACGCGAUGCGCAAUCUAAAUUCACCGAGGAGAUACAGAAAUGGACGGGAAAGGUGAAGGAGAUGGAGAUGCAAGGGAAGGAAUUGCAGACGACAUUUAGUGAAACGAUGGAGAGAUUGGAAAAAGAGGAAACUGAAAUAUUGAGAUUACGCGCGGAAAAUCAAAAAUUAAAAGAACAAUUGGCUGCUGGUGGUAAUGGUAGCGUUGGUAUGACAACGAAUAUAACACGAAGGAAUCUUGAAGAUGUAAGAAAGGUGGGAUCUUUGGAAGAUGGAGAUGACAUUUCUGUUUCGACAGAAUCCCAUAAGCAAACGCCAUCGUUGCACGAGGUCAAUGAAAAUUCCGAUGACAAUGAAUCGGUUGGCAAUUACUCUAAAAUUCGUGAAUUAAAUGAGCGAAUAGCUGGACUUGAGGACGAACUUUCUGUCGCCAAAGAAAAUGAACAAAAAUUACUGGCUAAUAUUAAUGCCCUGGAGAACGAAAAUCAAACGGUAGUAAAGCAAAUGGAAGAGAAACACGAGAAACAAGAAAAACAAGUGCGGUUAUUACGAGCAUCGUUGGCACAAAAACAAAAACAGAUCGAUGAUCUCGAAAAAGACUUACGAAGGGAAAAAUUUUCCCAAAACGAAAAACGAGCACGAGAGGAAAAAUUACAAAAGGAGUUGGAAAAAGAAAAGGAAUUACAAUUGCAAAAAGAAAAGCAGCUUCAGCUGUUGCAAUUACAACAAAAACAAAGGUUACAGCAAAUACAAUCUCCUCCUCAACGACCAUUGUCACCACCAUCAGCACCACAACAGCAAACAGGAUCCGAAUCGAAUAUUGAAGAUCGAAGACUGCAACAACUUUUAUUACUAAAUAGGAAUCAUCGAAGAACUUCGGUUCAUUCACUGCACGAGCGUAAAAGUAGCGUGACAAGCACAAAUAGUGGAAGUAAUGAAAGUGUAAGUCAAGAAGGGGGCAGUGUUGAAGAGAAUAAAGAUCCAGUACGGAUUAGAGUGACGGGACCUGAACAUUGUGAAGAAGGAUUCAGUGACGAAGAGGAAGAAGAACAAACUUCUUCUGUAUGUACAGGAAGUGAAAACUGUGUACAAAGUCGAACAAGCGAAGAAAUUGUGGACUCCUCAAUACCCGAUGAAUUUGCAAAUGCGAAUCCUUCGUCAUCGUCAAAUUCACGACAAAAUGUCGGGCUAAAUACUAAUCGUGGCAUUGGUAGUGGAAAUAAUCGGGGUGAAGGAGAUGCUAAACAAGAUAAUGCACUCGAUGACGAUGAAAUGCUGGACGCGAUACUAUCAGAUCGAGAAGAUCGUGUACUUCCUCUGAUCGGUCAUUAUUCAGCAGCAGAAUUCACAGAGGAUGAAGAUUACACAAUGAUGAAUUCAUUCGAACGGGUUAUAAGCGAACGAUCCCUUAGGCAACAAAGUAUGGUAGGUAGAAGAUUUGGGAAAUCGUCGCUUGCUAGGACUUUAAAGAAACUGAAUGCGGGGAAAAGAGGAUGGCAAAGUGGUGGAGAGGAUAUUCUAUAA